AGUACAUCGUUGUUUUUCAUUACUGAUUGUAUUAGUGUGCGUCGUCUCGUUGCUGUGAACUUUUUAUCUUUGAUAAUAAUGUGUGUAUAAUUUUUUACAUCUUAAGAAUAUUUUGUGAGCUAAUUGUUAUAAAUGAUUUAGGAAUAACACGACACAACCCAGAAUAUUGCUUGGGGUGUCUAAAUUUUUGUAAAGUUUUAUGAAUUCUUAUAAACGAGACACCAUGGCUGAUAUAAUGGUGCAUUCGGCUGAUAAUUCUCCUCGCCGAGAAGUUUACAGAUGUGGCAUGUUAUCACCAGUUCUUGGACCACGUAGUACUUUUCGUAUGAGUAGUGAACUCAAACACAGCCGGAGUGAUGAUUUGAUUUUGCAAGGGGCGCCUUACACUCCAGCUGAUAUGCAACAUGGUAUUAGCGAUGCAGCUUUACAAAUACAAAAAGAUGCUUGUGUUGUUUAUGAUGAUGAAAUUAGUGAUCCUAGGAUAUCAGUUGAUUUUAAUGAAACUUCAAAUAUCUCACAAGAUAUUAAUCCCAUGCCACUUUUAAAACUAACGGGUGAUUUUGCACAAGAUAAUUCAAACAAGAGAUGUAGUGUUGUGGAUCGAGUUGACCCUGAAGACAGUAUUAGUGAUAUAAUUUCUCAGAAUGAUUUUUACAGGUUUGUUUUGUUCAAACGACAUUAUGAAAAGUAUCUAGAUAUAUCAAGGAAAUAUGAAGAAGCUCGAAGCUUGGCUUAUUACCUAGAAGAAAAAUAUCAUGAAAUCAAGGCAGAACGCGACAGUUUGAUAGUUUCUCAUCAUGAAAUGGAAAGACAUAUGAUUACUAAAGACCUGGAGUUACAUGAAAAAGAGGAAGAGAUGUUUUUACAGUUAGAGAAAGUAAUCAGGCUUGAAGAGGAUUGUGAAAAAUUACGCAUGGAAAAAGAUAAAAUGGUCAAGUGGAAAGAUCGUUUGGAAAGGGAGAAAAAUGAAGCAUAUAAACAACUGAGAUUACAAGCCGAGUCGUCUGAAAUCACUCGUCGAAAUUUGGAAAGGGCUCGUUUAGAUGCUUAUAAACAAUUUUCGGAAAUUUCUGCUGAAAAAGAUACUCUAGAGAGAGAAAAUUCUAGGCUUAAAGAAAUAUUGGAGGAUCUUGGUAGAAAAGCAGAUUUGUAUCAUACUAAUAGUAGACAAGCAAAUCAAAAAGCCAAACGUGUAUCAGGUUUAGAGCGUGAGGUGAACGAGCUAAAACUUAUGGCCAAACAGUCUGCAUCACUAAAUAGUCAAUUGCAAAAGGGUAUGAAACAUUUAGCCACAUGUAGACGUAAGAAAUGUUCAGUUUGUUCCUACACAAGAGCUACAUUUGGUGGUUAUACAACAAAUGAAGACAAAAGUUCCAAAUUAAUAGGUGGAUGUUUUCCUUUAGAUGAGUUUCGUCGCUCAGCAUCCCGCAUGUCUACUACAGAUAUUGAAUUUGAAUGUGCAAAAUUGGCUGAACGCUUAUCUGCUUGUUCCUUCCCUCAUACACCACCAUCAACACCUGAAAGAUCUAUAAACAGUGGUUCUUUAACACGUUUUGUAUCUUAUAUUGAUGAUGCGUUUUCUUCAGAGAGUGAGAAUGAAGAAGUUGGUGCCAAAUGUAGUAAUAGACGUCAGUUUUCUUCUGACUCUGGAAUUUCAUCCUCUACUGCUACUCCAACUGAUCCAAAUAAAAUGCCUUGUACUGAUAGAGGUGCAUUUAAUCGCUCAGUUAAAUGGACUUCUUCAUUCAGAAAACUGAUUAGACGAGUAUCUUCAAAAAAAAUCAAUACCAAUGAGUCUUAAAAUGAUCAAAAUAUUUAUAUUUAAGUUUUUUCCUCUGUUUAAUUUUAAGUUGUUAGAUUAACUUAUGUGUUGAUUCUAAUGAUGAUACUUAUAACAAAGUCUUAAUUUUGUUGAGCUGUUUUUUGUAUAUUAAAGUUAUAUUUACUUGACGGUUGUGUUUUAAUACUUAUGCAAAGUUUAGGUGCUUACAUUUUAUCAAAAGUACAGUAUAUUAUAUUAUUUUUAAAUACUUGUUUUUAAGCUUCUGAUUACAGUAUUAAUAUUUUUAAUUGUUAUUAUAAACAAUAUAACCCAUAUUAUAUGGGUUAUAAACAUAACUUGUCAUUCGUUAUGAGUUCUUCACUUAUUAUCUAUUAAAUUUACUAUGCUUGUUGGCUUUUUGAUGAUAUAUUAUCAUUUUUUUUUUACAAUUUAUUAAUUAUUUAUUUAAAUAUUUUUACUAUUGGUACUAUUCACUGUGUAUUAAAGUAAAAUAUUGUUAAAAAGACAUUAGAUGUAAUUUUAUAUAUUAUUGAUAGAUAUCAUUGUGAUGUAGAUUUUAUUAAUAUU